AUGAGCACCCCUGCGUCGCCGUCAAACCGCAAUUCCCUUUUGGGCUGGGUGAAGAACCUUAAGCGCCAGGCACUCACGCUGAGCGACUCUGUCAACGACGUUUCCGACUCCGAGCCCGCGGAGCCCCGUUCGCCGCCCCGGCUGCUGCUUCUGACCGAUCCGCUGGCGGCAGAAUUGCUCCGGCCCAUCUUGAACCACAAAUCCCGCUCCACAAACAACGUGCACCGCAUGCGCCUGAAUUCGGCAACCACGCCCUGUGUGUCGGCAGACCUGCUCCAUUUGCGCCAGCACCGCGACCUGUUUUUGCAGAGCAAUCUGUUGGUGGACGAGUCGUCCAAGUAUUUCGGUGUGCCACUAGAGGCUGCCAUUGAGCAGGCGUCGGUGAAGAUCCUGAUCAUGGCGCCAGACGCGCUGCUGAACAUGCCGCAUUACGGCCGCAUCCCGAUCGUUGUGGCCAAGUGUGGUGUGUUUUUGAAGAAAAACGGUUUGGCCGUCGAGGGCAUUUUCCGUGUGGGCGGUCUGUCCAAACGCAUCCGCGAGCUUCAAAUCAUCUUCAACACGCCGCCGGAUUUCGGCCGCAAACUUGACUGGGAUGGAUACAACGUGCAUGACGCUGCGUCUGUGCUUCGGCGUUAUCUCAACGCCUUGCCUGAGCCUCUCGUUCCGCUCCAUCUCUACGAGGACUUCCGUGAUCCUUUGCGUCUGCGGCCGCGGAUAAUCAAGUUUAUGAAGUACAGGGCGGAAAACCCGCGGCCCAAGAAACCCACAUCAGAAGUUGCAGCGUCUUCUUCGACUGCUUUAGCUCCUUCUGACGCCGCGACUGGCUCUGCUACGGGCUCGCUUGCCGAUUUGCUAGAUUCCUCGUCGCAAGUGGCAUCCCAAACCACAUCGGUCCUUUUACAGGCUCCGCCGGAGUCUCAGCCUGGAAAUCAGACGGCCGCAAUGCGGGCUUCUGCGCCGCAAGAGGCUGAGGCGGCUGAAACUCGUGCCUCGACGUCUUCUGGCGAUCGCAAACUGCGCAGUUACAAGAAACUUGCCCGCGACGUUUACAGUGCCAUCGACGACUACAAGCACUUACUUGACGAGCUUCCGGGUCUUUCGAAACAGCUUUUAUUCUACAUUUUGGAUUUACUUUCUAUGGUGCAGAACAACUCUAAUGAAAACCUCAUGUCUUCGCGCAACUUGGCCGCCAUUUUUCAACCGUCCAUUCUUCUGCACCCGCAACAUGACAUGGACCCAGAGGAGUAUGCCUUGUCACAGGCUGUGGUGGAAUUCUUGAUUCAGUACGCAUACAAGCUUUUGCCGAAUGAGGAGCCGCAGAAGGUGCGUCCGGUUGAGCCAGAGCACCCUAAACGGUUCCACAGUCAGUCGCUUUCAAGCCCAAAUCCUGAUGAUUUGGACAUGAUUGGUUACCGCAACCUUGUGAAGAAUGCCCGUGGCUUGACUGUAUCUGACACAGAGCACGAUUUUGCCAGCGCCAGCAGCGAUGACGAAAACCUCUCUGAAUCGCUCCCGAAACAGCUCCCGAAACCAACGAAUGCUCCCAAUCUCAUGGGUGUCAUUACAGGCGAGCUGCCCCCUCCGAUUGUUGUGAGCCCGAGUCAUCAGUGA